CCUUUUCACGUUUCUCUUUCUUAUUGAUUCUUCUAGGCUUAACUUUCUGCUUUUUUGCCUUCUUCAUUUUCAAUGCCAGACGAUAAUACAGUUUCACUCAAAAGGCAUGAAUACGCCAACAAUUUGCAAGUGUGUAGAAUAUGUCUCGAAAGUGAUAAAGUAGAGCAUCUAAUAUCACCAUGUCAUUGCAAAGGCUCUAUAAAAUAUGUUCACCCUCAUUGCAUGGCGGGAUGGAGGAAAACACUUUCAGAAACAGGUAGAGAAAGCGAUCUAUAUCAUUGUCAACUCUGCAAACAGCGACUUUAUAUCAAGCAGAAACGGCUACUUAUGGCUUUAUUACAAUUUAGACGUAAGCAGCUAGACUCUCUUCAACAGCAACAACGAGCUAUACAAUUAACUUUAAUUUAUUAGUCAUACGUGUGAUGGUUGCAGUGUUUAUUCUGGCUUUAUUAUUGAUUCCAGCAGGUAUAUGUAAAUCGACGAGAAAAGUUUAUACGACAAUCUUAACAUUAAUUUACUUUAGGAAACUUGAUGAAAGCUUUCA